CGGGGUUGGGGGGCGGCGCGCCAGCGUGCGUUUAGGAGGCGCUCCUUUCCGGUUGCUUUGCGGGAAGCCGGGCAGCUUUCUGUGGUCUCACUGCUCGGGAAAUAUUUCCGGUCUGAGGGAGCAGAGGCCUGGGAGGAGAAAACUUUAUUUCUCGGCGGCGCGACAUUUGGAACUUAAGGAUUAAACUUGGCCUACUUGGUGGUGGGAAGAAUUAGAGGAGCGGACAAGGAGGGAAGUGUGGCUGGGAGGCUUCCGAGAGAGCGCCGGAAGUAAGGGGUUUCUUCGGGCCGGCGCGUGCUGUCUUCCUCGCCGUCCGGCUCGUAAGAGACUUGAGUCCAAGGGGUCCUCACCGGCGCGACCGCCGGCAAGUCCAUUUUCUGUGCUCUCAUUGACUCAGCUACAAAGCGAGUCGUUGACGAGACGUGUUCAGCGUCCAGCCUGGAGAACGGGGUCGUUCCGCUUCAGGCAUCGCCCGUGGGAUCCGAGGGCCAGAGAAAUAGUCCUUCUGAGCCUGCCAUCCAAGAAACUCAGGGAGAGGAGCUGACAGUCUCUGCAUCCCUCACCCCCACCCCAGGAUAGGACCCAACAACAUGUCUCAGGCCACCAAGAGGAAGCACGUGGUGAAGGAGGUGCUGGGGGAACACAUGGUGCCCUCCGAACGGCAGCAGAUCGUCAGGGUGCUCAGGACCCCAGGGAACAAUCUGCAUGAGGUGGAGACAGCCCAGGGGCAGCGCUUCCUGGUGAGCAUGCCCUCCAAAUACCGCAAGAACAUCUGGAUCAAGAGAGGGGACUUUCUCAUUGUUGACCCUAUUGAAGAGGGAGAGAAAGUGAAGGCCGAGAUCUCCUUUGUGCUCUGCAGAGAUCAUGUGCGCGCUCUACAGAAGGAAGGGCUCUGGCCCCAGGCCUUCUCCGAAGUGGCUGAGAAACACGAUGAUAACAGUAACAGACAGACUCAGCCAGAACUCCCAGCUGAGCCACAGUUGUCAGAAGACGAGUCCAACUCUGAAGAUGAUUCUGACCUUUUUGUUAACACCAACCGCAGACAGUAUCGUGAGAGUGAGGAGGAGAGCGAAGAGGAGGAGGCAGCCUGAGACCCCGGACCCACUUCUCCUCUGGCUCAGAGACUCGCCCUUGGAUCCUCUGAGCUUGGACAUUCCCAGGGUGCUUUGCAGAUCUUUCCCCCUGGAUGGGGACAAGGCAGGGCCCCUCUCUGAACUGACCUUCUGACAUGGGAGAAUUAAACCCCUGGUGGGUGGUGACUUAA